AUGUCAAACACAAAUGCUGGCCUGUUCCUCACGGCCGUGCUGGCUUGGUUCACCCGAGACUUUGAGAGGGUAAUCAAUCGCCUUGAUACUGUUAACAAUGCCCGCGCGAUUGAAUGGAGGACGGAUACUGUGACGGACUUUCGUGGUCACCCUGUUCCUGCAGCUGCUGAACGGCUGAUCCGCUGGGACACCAGACACCCUGACCAAGUCUUCCAGCACGGAUUCGUUCCCCAGUAUACACCUCCAGAAGGAGACGCACUUCGUGAUCAAUACCUCAAUCUGGAGACAUAUGUCGGACAAAACACCCCUUCCAUAUUUGUCAGCACUGCUCGGUAUUAUAAUCAAGACGGUCGCAACCAAAGAUGGACCCCUCGCAACAUAGCGAAUCGUUUCGAGUACGAGAUUUUUGCCUAUGGUGGUAUUGACAUCAACCUUAGCUUGGGUCAUGAUCAUCAGUACAGCAACCAGAGGGAGAUAGCAUUCCCCGGUGGUAUCAGGCCCGAGUUCAUUCGGACCGCUCGUGAAUAUGAUGGGGACGGGCGAAUCAUUCGCAUAUGGGUCAAUGGAGGUUUCGAUCCAUCCGCUAAUGGUGCCGGCCACUCGCCUGAUCUCCGUCAGUUCCCUGACCCAGUGUGUGGGUCAAGAAUUCCUGUGGUGUAUUGGACGGGUCCUAAUUCCAAUCGACAUGAUGAGCUUCGACGUGACACCAUGUCCGCUGUGGAACCCAUGCGUGAAGACGGCGGCCUUCAGACCGAUGACUUGUUUAACGAGCAAUGCCCCGCCAUCCUUCAGCCAAAUGAGCAUAUCGACUCUGUGAGGCUGGAUGUCCAACUCUCAGAUGAUCUAUCUUCCGGAACCGAUGAUGAUAUUUUUGCAAAAAUUGGAACCGGCGAAAAGUUAAUAACACUCUUCAAGGCGCCCUCUAGAGGCGAAUCCAAGAAUAUCGAGGUCAACCUGCAAGAAAUCUAUGGAAAGAGCAGAAUUCGGAUCACAGACCUGAAGAGUUUGACCAUAUUCCAAGCUCCAGUGCCCCACCCUAUUGCUUCUGAUGACUUCAAGAUAAAGGGUUUCACAUUGUAUAUUCACACCGUCCAGUCUGGCCGAUCUCUUGUGAAUAGUCAAUACAGCUCACUGGAAAAAUGGCUGGGAACCAAAAAAUCAGAGCUUACGCCGGUCUGGUCGGGAAAGCUUGAUAUUCGUGAGUGGGUUGACAACAGGAAUGUCUAG